GAAGACACCAAGGCUGAAGCUGCGAAGCAGGAGGAGGAGGAUCUAUCGGAGGUGGAAGAAGAUUGCGGUGAGCUGAAAUCGGACGAGGCUAAGGAGGAGGCGGAAGAACCAGAGGAAGAUGAAAAUAGGAAACGGAGGGGGAGGCAUAGGAGGCAGAUUAGGGCAAAGGCGAGGAUGGAGAAGACGAAGGAGAUGAAGAGAAGACUGGGAAAAGGUCCAAACAGAAAGAUGAAAGGCGAUACUGUUGAGUUGAAAUCGCCCCAGACGCUCGGGAGCGAGAGGCCCACGAGGGAGAGGAAAGUGAGACCCCAAGGAGUUCUGCCAGUAAUCCAUUGUCCAUUGAGAAGGGUCAAGGCACAGCAACUUAAGGAUAUCCCUAAUGUGGCUUUGAAGUUGUCCAAGAGAAAAGAUGAUGAGAAUCUCCUGCUUCUUCCCACAAUUAUUUAUGGAAAGAAAGCAAAGGUCCUACUUGCACCUCUCAAGCCAACUUGUCAUCUCUGUCUAGAAACCUCCAUUCUCUACUCUCUCUCUCUCUACUCACCAACUUGAAUAGAAAAAGGUGAAGAGAGGGUUUUGUGGUUUCUAAUUUAUUGAGGAUCUUGAAGUGGAAAAUGGCUGCUUUACUUGUGAGCUUAGUGCUUCUCAUAGCCAUGUCUGGCCAUUCAGAUGCCACUUAUUGUCAGUGUAACCCAAAUUUGAGCCAGGAUGUGUUUCAGAAGAACAUAGAUUAUGCUUGUGGAGCUAGGGCUGAUUGUACAGACAUCCAUCAAAACGGGCCUUGCUUUAACCCUAACACUGAGGGAUCACUGUAAUUUUGCUGUUAACAGUUAUUACCAGAGAAGAAACCAAGUGCAGGGCAACUGUGAUUUUCAGGGAACUGCCACUGUUACCUCAGCACUCCCUACUACAAAUACAAGUUUUGGAUGUGUGUACCAAGAUAGUCCAAGCUCCGGCACCAGCACAGGCGGUACCUCCACCGGCGGCAAAAAUUCCGGCGGAACACUUUCAGGCAGCCUUGGGCCCAUUGGGAGCGGAUAUGACAAUAAUUUCGGUGUUACUCUAUCUUCUCAAACAGCAUCUUUAUGAUGCUCGUACUGUGGGUUUUUGUGUCUCGUCUAGUUGCAUGCAUCGAUAUCGACCGGAAGGGGGUUUAAGCCUUGUUGUACAAUGUUCUCUUCUGUUUAGAAUUUCCCAUGUAAAUCUAGAUAGAGAGGCAGCAUAAUGUUUAUUAUUAUUAUAUUUAUUAGUUAAUGACAAAAGAAUUCGUCGCUUUGUAUGUUUUUGGAGACAAUGA